CUGAGGACAUCAAAUGUAAGGUUGUGGCAGGCGAGUCCUCAGAAUGUAAACAUGGUUACACUUAAGUGAGAGAGACGCCAAAAUGGUCUUCGAAAGCGUGGUGGUUGACGUCCUGAACAGAUUUUUAGGGGACUACGUUGUCAACCUCGACAGCUCGCAGCUGAAGCUGGGCAUAUGGGGAGGUAACUGAAACUUGUGCCUGUCAUAGAAGUGGACUUGCUCGCUCAACAAGCUAGCUAGCCAAUGCUAACUGACGUUAGCCCCUCCAGCCGUGUGUGACAGGCUGACUCAGUCAUUUGCGUCAGUCAGUUUAUCAAAAAUACGGAUAAAUGUUCCUACUUUGUGCGGCCGAAUUGUAAUAUAUGAUGAAUUUGAAUGAUAAAUUCCCGUCUGCUGUUAUGGCUUUUUGUUAACGCAGCCUUAUGUGUGUUUGCUACUGUGAGGCAGGUGCUCCUGUGGGUUGCAGUUAAGGGUCACACCCGUGUACUAUUUCAGUUUCAGACUGACCAGCGUGUUUCAUUUUGGAAACCCUUUCACAGGAUCACACGGACAGUCUGGGUCUAACUGCUCAGAGCAAUCUCCAUAGGAUUACAGGGGAAGUUUUCAGGGCACUGUUUGACAGGUGCCAACUUGUAGGAGCUUAGUGAAACAAUAAAGCCCUUAAUUUAAGCAAUCUUCCUAUGACAGGUCUUGAAAAUAUGUGAUUGUAUAUGUUUUUUUUCCCACGGUUGUUGAUUUUUUUAACAAUAAUUCCUCUCAACACAGGCGAUGCUGUUCUCUUGAAUCUUGAAAUAAAAGAAAAUGCCCUGGUAAGUUCAUAAAAGAUAAGUGUCAUUACAUUGUUGGACUCAUGUGGUUAUUGACAACAUCACCUGACUUCCUUUGUGCUGCAGAGUCAACUUGAUAUCCCUUUUAAAGUGAGAGCCGGUCAUAUAGGUGAGUUUGUUUUUAAUUUUCUCUUCUCUGUCUCCUUUCCCAUGACACUAGUGGAGUUUUCUCAUUGUAUAUUUCUGUUUAUAGGACGGCUGGAGCUGAAGAUCCCAUGGAAAAACCUUUACACCCAGUCUGUGGAGGCGACACUGGAUGGUGUAUAUCUGCUUAUAGUCCCCACAGCAAGUAUGGCCACUAUCAUAGACAAACUAUUUUACUAUUUUGUGUUGUAUAUAGUGUACAUACUUGUAUAUUAUCUCUUGAUUUUUACUUAUUUUAUCUAUUUAUCUCUCUAUUUUUACUUAUCUAUUAUUAUUUAUCUCCUCUUUCUACGUUAUUUGCACUGGAGUUACUGUAACGAAAAGCAAUUCCCCCCUGUCGAUUAAUAUGGUAUUUCUGAUUCUGAUUCUGAUAUCAUCUAAGACCAACAACAAUAACUUAAUUUUUAAGUAACAGAGGUUCACAAAGUGCUUUGACAAACAGUUGCAAAGCACAGAACAUCAGCACAUGGAAAUAAAAACAAAAGCUCAGUUAAAAACAAGGCCUCCGAAUUUAAGGCCAAUUUCAUUUCUCAUUAGAAACUCAGACAAUACAAGAACCCUACAACAUAAAAUGAGACCAUGAAGACCAAAAUAAAAACAUAAAAUAGAAAAGAAGAAGAAAUGUAAUAGAAAAGGGGGGCAGAAAGCAGGAAACAGGAUAGUAAAUAUAAAAGAGGAUAUUAAUAAUGAUAAUAAAAUCAUAAUAAAAUAAUAAUGAUGGUAAUAGUAAUGAUAGAAUGGAAAAACAAAAAUGAACAGGAAAAAACAAUAUAAUCAAUAAAGGGCCUAAAAGGUAAAAUAAGAAAAGAUUUUAAGUAAAACAAAGGCUAAAAGGACAGUAAGUGGAAAUAAGAGAUAAAAGAGGUAAAAGACUUUAUUAAACAUACAAACAUGUAUACUUUUGAUUUCAUUAUAUUUGACCAACUGGUGCAAGUUAUUGGCAAAUAAUAAAGCACUUGUUUUGCAUUAUUACUCUGAAGAUAAUUCAAAGAAACACAUUCAAACAUCCUUGCAUCUGUUUGAGAUGACAUAUAGUAAAUUCUAAAGCAUCAAACUGAAGUAGCUGUGUCAUGUUCAGUGCAAUGAAUUACCCGACUGAUUUCCAGACAGAACACUGUGUAGCGCUCACUCAAACAAAAGACAUCUCUCACUUAUUCAUGACCCUAAAGUACAUGUGAGGACAAACGGGAAGCUCAAGCAUGACUUUCUUUAUGAUACUGCUCUCAGGGAUUUCCUUUCAAGUAAGCAUCUUUUAUUCUCAUUUCUUCCAGGUAUCAAGUAUGACGCCGAAAAAGAGGAAAAGCAGCUGCAAGAGGCGCGUCAGAGGGAGCUCCAGCGAAUAGAGGAGACAAAACUGAAAGCUGCUGAGCAAGGUUAGAGCUUAGCCUUGAUUCGAAGAGGACUGUGCUGAUGUGUUUGUGUGUGAAUAUGUGAUUCUAGCAAAUAUACUCUAUUUUUAGCUGAACAAACAGACUUUUUACCUUCAAGUAACAUUUAACAGGUUUGAAAGGGCAGUUGCAAGCAGGGUCACUGUUGGGUAAACAGUAACAGAUUUAGCAGUUUACAAAUCAUGGUUUCAUGUGAAACACGCCACACAAAAAAAGCAAAAUCAGAAGUUUGGAGCGAUGUGGUCAUGGUUUUAAAAGUUGUGAGUUCCUGUUCUAGGGCAGACAGCAGUUUUUCUGUUCACUUCAGUCUUACAGUGGUUUGCACCGCUAGCCUGGAAACCACAAUGUGUGAGCUCAUUGCCAACAUGUUUAUCAUGCUGUUUCUCUUAAUACCAAGUGAACCAAAUGGCAAUCCAGCCUCAGUCCUGUUACAUUAAACAAUACUGUGUUCUUACAUUUUGUGGGAUCAGUUUUUUUUAAUCACAGGAACUAGCAUUAAAAUAUUUGCAAUUAAAUGUGCCUUUAAAACCCUUUUAAAAAGCCAUUUACAUGCAAGUAGAAGGGCUUUUUUUCUUUUUAAAGCAUCAAUAUUUCCAGAGAGAACACACUCAGAGAAGUCUCUUGAGCAUUAUUGAACAGUAGCUUUGCAGUAGCAUAUAAAUUCGGUACUCACACUUGAUUGUCACACUUAUUGAGUUUAGUAAUCUUUUUAAAUUUUGACAAAGUUCUGCUCGAAAACAUCUGAAAGUAAGCCUUGUUAGACAUUUUUGACUGCAGUGUAGGUUGUUUGAAGUUGAAAAAUGUUGCUCGUGUGAAGCUUUAGGAAAGCUGUGUGACAGGAUCAGGCGUUUUACUGAUGGUAUUAUGUCGUGUUUGGCAGAAAACCCAGGCCUCGAAAAACAGGACACCUUUGUUGAGAAGCUUGUCACUCAGGUCAUCAAAAACCUGCAGGUCAAGAUUUCUAACAUCCAUGUACGCUAUGAGGACGAUGUGAGUAUUCAAGCUGGGUAAAUAUGUACUGGAAAGGCAUUUACCAGAAUAAAUAAAAACUCAGAAUAAGCUCAAAUCUGUCUUUGUAAAGUAAACAAUUAGUGAUAAACCAGACUGACCCGGGCUUAGCUCUUAUUACUGUUACGUGCUUUCCUCAGGUCACUAAUCCAAACUGUCCUUUGUCCUUUGGAGUGUCGCUUAAGAACCUCAGCCUUCAGGUAAUGCCCUUUUUGUCUGACAUUUUACGUUCAUAAUAAAGAUAUCUGCAGAUAAACAUUAAACAGGAGUUUUGAGUCCGUUCUGUGUACACAGUAGAGAAAAAGUAAUCCCAUCCCACACUCUGUCUCUAACUGCUCGUUUGAUCUUACAGACAGCAGAUAACAACUGGAAUCCUAGUCUCCUGGAUGAAAAUUCACGCCUUUUCUUUAAGGUGAGAAACUCAAAGGAUUUAUGGCCUAAAACACCAAAUAAAAAUGUGAUUUAAACCUAUUUGUUUGAAUGUUUUUCUUCAGUUGAACUUGAUCCAAACUUUAGAAAUCCUUGUGCGCUGUCAGCUCUUUUUUACCUGAACUCUGUCUGCGCUCCACCACUCUAAUGGCGUUUUGUGUUUCUCCCCAUCUCAGUUGGUUCAGCUGGAUAACUUGUUUGCUUACUGGAAUGUCAACUCAGCCCUCUUCUCCAAUCACACUGCAGACGAGGCUUUGGUGAGUCAGACCUCUCAUUACCGUUUAACUUUGUUACCAUUAGCCAGAAAUUCUGUUUUUUUAAUGCUGAGGAAACCUCCUGGUAACUGAGCCCAAAGUAGGGUUAAUUCGAGGGACAAUAUUUAAGAGAUUUUUCAGUUAUUACAGAAUCUUUGCAUUACACGUUUCAUUGAAUAUGAGGACUUUGUACAAUUUGUAAGCCAUUACUUUAAUUACAAAGCCUCCCUCUGGAGGUAGACUAUUUGUAAAUGUGUUCGAUGGAGGAAAUAUGUCCACUAAUAUGGAAAUAAUCUCUCUUAAUGCUUCUACAGCGAUGUCUCCAGAGUAGCAUGGAGAUCAACAACUCUCUUUCUGUCAGCCACGACUUCAGUAAGUGUCUCUGAGGCAACCUUUAUUGGAAUUGUAAAGCUGUUGUGUAGUAUUUUGUCUACACAACUUAUGAAACCAUUCAAAACCUUCUCAGCACUCGUGACUCAUCAUAGAAAAUCAGCAUUUUUGGAAUACGAGGUGCCAUUUGGUUUGUGAUGUUUGCGCUGACAAUGCUGGGCCUUAAAAUGUGUGAAUCACACAGCUUGAUAAACUAACACUGACUCUGUUUUUUUUACAUAUAUUCAAACAGAUUUUGCUUUGAGUGUCAGUUUAGAGCACAAACCCACAGGUUGACAAUCUGCCUAAAAACAUCUCCUCUUUGUUGCUGGUCCACAGUUUUUCGCCCCAUCUCAGCUGAUGCUAAACUGAGAAUGAAUCCCAGAUCAGAUGUGGACUUCUCCUCCCCUAAAGUCGACCUCAUGGUUAAUCUCAGUGAGGUGGCCAUUGAACUUAAUAGACCCCAGGUUGGUGACGUUUCUACCGAUGAACUUGUUGCUCAGAGAUGAUAACUCCACUACAGCCAGUACUCUGUGUCUGUAAGUAAUUGCUGACUUCCUCUCUUUCCAGUACAUUAGCAUCUUGGAGCUGCUGGGCUCGGUGGAUAUGAUGUCACGUAAUUUGCCAUACCGGAAGUACAGACCCAUGGUUCAAGUUCACAAAAACGCCACAACAUGGUCAGCAAACACACUCAGAUUCUGAACCCAGUUAUUGCCUGACAUGUGACAGUUUGUCUCCAAAAUGUGAGGAUCGUGGAAAUUGCAGGUUUUGACACAUUUAUGUUCCUAACCUGCAGGUGGAAAUACGUGAUCAAAGGCAUCCUGGAGGUAGACGUGAAGCCUCGUCUUCACAUGUGGUCAUGGGAGCACAUUCGCCGACACCGACAGAUGGUAAAAUGUUACAGAGAGCUGUACAAGACCAAAAUCACAAGCAAGAAACCCACCGAGGAGCUGCUUAAAGCACUACAGGUGGGACAGCUUGCUUUGCACUUUGAUCUCAUAAGAGCCAAAUAUUUAGACUCAUGUCAGCUUUGAAGCACUUUAGGUAAUGGAGCUUAAAUCACAUCUUUCAGCAUUUAUUGUUCGAUUAUAAGGAGUGACCCUUUUCCUGUCUGAAUUUCCUAUUUAUUUUUUCAUUUAUUGAAUACCAUUAUAUGCCAAAUUGUGUGGAAUUACUUUAUUAUUUUAGACUUUUUUUGGACCAACUUUCACCUCUUUAAGUUCAUUAAUUGCAGGUCAUACAUGCCUGUUCAGAUCCAGACCUGCAGUGUCUACUCACCUGUGUUCUUUCAAAUACCACUUGACAAUAGCAACCUGAUUCAUUAUCUUUGAAAUAUCUGUCAUGUAAUAUUCAAGUAGUUAAAUGCAAAGAUAUUACUAUUUCAUUACCCUUUCAGUCAGCUGCAUUCACUGUCUUCCCUCGCUAUAAUCACAACCCAUUUAUCCAGCAUGCAGCAGUAUAAAGGGAUUGAUUGAAGUGCAUUUAAAAUCUGUAAUGUAUAUCAGAGACGCAGAACCUUAAAUCAAAAGCCCUUUUCCUUGUCUGUCCUCCGCUCUGUAAGUAUCAUCUUCCCAGACAUAAAUCAUAAUGGACUUUUAGUCAGGGACGCCUCCUUACGCAGAGGAACAGGAAGCUGCUGAGAGCUCUAAUCAAUUUGACUUGUGAUUAUUCACAGGAGCCAGAGAGGACCUUGGAUAUUUUUAACAUCACAUUGGCCAGACAACAGGCUGAAGUGGAGGUAAGAUCCCUCUCUAACCUUCUGUGCUUUCUGUGCACUUUACAAAGUGUCUGGAUUUUGAGACCAGAUAACUGCAGCUCUGUAGUUUAUAAAUAUACCAGCCAGUCAAAACCUUUCAUGACAAGAAAACGGAGGUUAUAGACGGGAUGGCAUUUAUUUAUCUAGUUACAAGAAAAACAUAGAGGAAAGUAAAAGCUCAGUUUGUCUGUUGGAGCUCACCGCAUAUAAGAAGUGGGAGAAACCAACAGUGAUAGCACUUACCAGCAGCUGCAUCAAGUGGUUGAGGUUUGGGCUGAAAUUCUGUGCAUUAGUGCUGAGUGUGGUAUCAAGAAAUACUUUAAUGUAGGCUUAACUUCUCAUCUGGAUGGAAGUCAUCUGAUAAUAUUGUCUUCCCAACACAGCAAUUAGCCAUCAAUUGCAACUACAGCUCAAUAUUAUCAAUACCAAACCACUAAUGUGUAUUAGAUCUCUUUCUAGAGUAACGUAAAACAGUGAGGAUUUACUUCUUUCAGUUGAAGUUUCUGAAAUCAAAAUAGAAUUAAAAAGAAAACAUUUGAAGUCACUUGAAAACUAGGAUGGAAAAAUACCAAAAAGCAAACAGCCAAGCAGUAAAGAAAGCAUUUAUGAACCAUCACUGAGAUGCAACUGUAGGUUUCUUUGUAAAAUUGAAUGAUGUUGCAGCUCAGAGGUGCUUUUUUUUAACUUUUACAGGCAAGCAAAGCCGGUUUGUGUAUUUACCGUCCUGGACUGAAGAUGGAGGAGGAGGAGUCCCAGGGUUGGUUCAGCUGGAUGUGGAACUGGGGAGAAGAGCCAGAUACACAAAAGAAAGAAGUCAAGUCCGGGGGUAGGAAUUACCUCUGUACUUUGUUCGUGUGUCCAUGGAUGAUACAUGCAUGUGACAAAAUCAGUCGUAGUGCUCCACUAUUGUGUUUUGUUUUCUAACUCAUGUUUUCCUACAUGUUUUAGUAAUCCACUUGUUUCCUCCUGCUCUGUCAGGCUUUGAUGACUUUUUAACCCCCGCCGAGAAAGCCAAACUCUACACUGCCAUUGGAUACAGUGAGACCGCUGCAAAUCCCAACUUGCCAAAGAAUGUGAGUCACGCCCCCCAGACACCCACCUGUUAACUAAUAAUACACCUUUUCUCUUUGUCCCAUUUAGGCAGUAUUAGUCAGUACAAAUGUAAUUUCUCAUGCUUUGAUUUUGUCACUUUGUAGUUUGAAGACAUGAAAGUCAAUUUCCACAUGGAGAAGCUGACAAUGUCAAUCAAAGACAACAAGGACAAGAACGAGAUCAUUAAGCUGACUGUGGGAGAGCUCAUGUCCACACUCACACAGAGACCAGGGGCACAAGCUAUCAAGUUUGUUUGAACUCUUAAUUAUGUUUACGAGGUCCCUCCUUUGCUUUUUAAGUGCUUUGUAUUGUUAAGAGCCUGGUUUUCAGUAUCUUCCCAAAUGCCUGUCACGAACAUGUGUUAUUUUUAUUCCUUUUAUUUAGACUCACAGCCCAGCUCAGUUUGUUUGAAGUCACAGGCCUGGCCAGUGAUCGACCUGCACCUACGCUCCUGUCAUCCCGGAAGGCAGCCACAGGAGCAGGAACCCCGCUGCUUUGCAUCCUGUUUGAGACCAACCCACUGGACGAGAGCGCCGACCAACGACUUCACGUGGAGUCCCAGCCCUUAGAAAUCAUCUAUGAUGCUGUGAGUGUUGUGUCUGUGUGUGUGUGUGUGUGUGUGUGUGUGUGUAUACAAACAUGAAGAACAAACAGUAAAACUGGUAUUCAUUAAAUUUAAUUGUGUGUGUGUGACUUUGCAGAUAACAGUAAACAGCAUGUCCCAGUUCUUCAUGCCUCCUGAUGACCUGCAGCUAGAUGAGCUCACCAACGCAACCCUCAUGAAGCUGGAGCAGUUUAGAGACAGAACAGCCACAGGUCAGUCCCCCUGAAGCGUACAGACCUGCACUCUGUAUCAGGCCUUGUCUGAACUCUCUGCAGGGCAGCUGUUUACAUUCCUAAGUCACUGUUGUUUUUUUCUGGCUUUUAUUUCUUUCCAUGCUUACAGAAAGAGUGCAUGUCCAAACCUCUAGGCCACUAUGGUUGUGUUUUUCCUGUUUAUUUUCUUGAGGCUAAUUGUUUCCUGAAACCUUUUUGUGACAGUUUUAAGCCCUUUUUUAAUUCAGUGGCUGCGUUCAACAAGACCACUAGAUAUUAUUGUUAUGUUCUACUAAAAGUCAAGUCUGAUGACAAUGAUUUUUGGCAUUUGAAUACUUUUAUAUCGUUAAUAAUGGUUGCUGUCUUUUCAAAACAUUAAUUUUGCUUAAUUAGACAUUGACAUGCCAUGUGUAUUUCCAUAGAAAUGGAAAAAGCAUGAUAAAUGAAAGACCCAUGUAACUAUAUAUACAUGGUUUCUCAGCACAUUUCUGCUCUGGUUAUUGCUAAUGAUUUGAUUGCAUUCUGUCUUUCAGGUCUCAUGUAUGUUAUUGAAACCCAGAAAGUUCUGGACCUGAAGGUGAACCUGAUGGCCUCCUAUGUCAUCAUUCCACAGACGGGCUUUUACAACGGCACUCAGAACCUCCUGCUGCUGGAUCUUGGACACUUUCAGGUGAGAAAGUUCAAAGUUCAUCACCAGGAUAAAAAGUUAAACGACAUCAGUUAUAUAAAACUUCUUAUCUGGUCCAAUACUUAACCUGAAUUUUGAUUUAAUGACUUAGUUAACAGGAAUGCGGGUGAAUUAGCAUCUCAGUUGUUCUAAAGGCAAAAUCAAAGGAUUUAAACCAGAUUUUAUUUAUUUUUUGUUUAAAAAAACUACUUUCUUUUUUUCCUAGAUGUCCAGUCAAAGCAAGAAAAAUCUGCCUCAGCUGUCAGUGGGUUCCAGCAACAUUGAAGACAUCAUGUCCAGAGCGUAUGACAGCUUUGACGUACAGCUUAACAGCCUGCAGUUCCUCUACAGCAAACCAGGUACAUGAAAAAGGCGUGUUCAUAUCACCGGUCAAAGGUCCUUUUGAGGUUAAUUAAAUCCUUGGCCAGAUAACAAACUCUUUCGAUGUUGUUGAAGAGAAAUAUUAUUGCAACACAAUGUAUAAAGUGAGAACUACAUCAAGUGUAUCAUCUUAGAUUCAGUGUUUAAUCUGUCCUUAAAGUAUUGGCUGUCUUAUAAUUCCAAAGCUUUGAAGAUAUUUGUUUUAGUUAUACAUUAGACACAAACAUUACUCCAACAAAUCAACCUUUUUAUGGUGUUUUUGUGUGAGAGAAUUAAUAAGAAAUGUUAAAUUUCUCUCUGUUGUAGAUGGCGAUUGGAAGAAGGCCCGUAAGCAGAAGCAGUCACCGCUCCACAUCCUGGAGCCGGUGGAUCUUAAAGUUGUUUUCAGCAGGGCGAUGGUUGUCAAAGACUCGCGCAUGGCAAAGUGAGUCUUUACUGUUUUACAACACACCCAGUUUGAUAGGGUUAAACAAUGCAAAAAGGUCAAAUGUGUUCAUGUGUGUCUUUGUUUUUGCAUUGUGUAGGUAUAAGAUGUCUGGACAGCUUCCUCUGCUGUCCCUACGCAUUUCCGAUGACAAACUUCGAAGUGUCCUGGAGCUGGUAGAAAGUAUCCCGCUGCCAGAGAGCAGACCUGCACACAGCUCUGGUUCGUCCACCACUCCAAAGGUGAGAACAACUAAAGUUAAAGAGAUAAUCAACAUGUAAAUCUUCUCUGUAGGCGUUGCUCAUAAUGACACUUUCUGUCCUCCUCAGCCAAGGCAGUCGUUCACCCCUCAACUCACCCCAAGGAGACCUUUGAACUUAGACCAGCGCUCCUCUGUCAUUUUCGAGUCAUGUGAGACCAUCAGCAUCACCUCAUUGGGUGAGAGACACACUUUAAAUAUCUCCCUGCCAGCUGCACUUUCACAACCAUAUAAAUACACGGCACAGUUUGUCUGUACCUGCAGCAUAACAGAGGGGUCAUUGAUUUUGUUUCUCUUACCUCUCAGGAUCAGAGGAAGAUUUGUUCUACGACGCUCCCAGCUCUCCAAUCGGCGAUCGACAGUUCUUCCCAGAUAAUCCUAUGCCACUGCGUUAUGCAGACUUACACAAAAGGAAAAGUCUUUUGAAGGAUGACGUUCAGAAAAACAUGACUGACCUCAUCUUGACUUUUGAAAUCAGUGAGGUACAAGUUCAACCACCUGGAGCCUGACACCAUUUCAGUUUUUCAUCUCUCUGUUAUGCUGAUCUUAUCUCCUUUGUUUCUCCACAUGCCCUCCUCUUUGUCUGCUAGUUUUCUGUUCAGUUGUGUCGUCUGUCUGGGGGUCAGGAGGUCACAGUGCUGCACUUGGACAUAGAGGGUCUGGGGACUGAACUGAAACUACGCACCUUUGAUAUGACAUCUAACACCUACCUUCGAGAGAUCUGCCUCAAGUGCCCUGAAUACAUGGGUCAGUAGAAGCUUUCAAGACUGACUAUUUGUGAUUUUAUUGAUUUGGUUACUACAAACAUAAUCAGGCAAAUCUUGGCUGCAGUUUUUUUACACAUCAUGUUUUAUAUUUUUUUCUUCUUGUGUUUAGAUUCUGAAGACAAGCAGGUUCAGUUGAUCACCACUCUGGAUAACUCAGAGGUUGACUUGCUCACUCUUGAGUACAUCAAGGUAUGUGAGAUACAUCUUAGGUAGUUAUCCACCUCUUGAGGUAUUAUUAGUGACAAGGCGACGUCCUUUCUGUGUCUUUUCAGGCUGACAAAACCGGCCCUGAGUUCAAGACCCAGCACAACAACACAGAGCAGCUCAUCAAGGUGAGAAAAAUGCUGAUUUACUCGUAAUUUGAAUCUAAAUGCUUUUCCUAUUUGGUCUUGAAAUUAAGGGAAAUGUUCAGCAUGACUAUGAAUUUUUUACCAUUUCAUGCUGGAAGGUAGUAAAAAAGUUUAAAACUUAAGCUUAGAAAAGUUAAAAUAACUAUAAAAUCUAGACAGUGAAGAUAAGUGUAAUUGUGUUAUUCUCUAUUAAUGAUUUCACAUUGCUUCUCUAUCAGGUCACCUUUUCAUCCCUGGAUGUCCAUCUCCACACCGAGGCUCUGCUUAACACCAUGAACUUCCUCAGUAACCUCCUUCCUCCCUCCACUAAAAAAGACACAGGCCAGGAAGAGCUCCCCACCAUCCCCGAGGAGGAGGAGGCGGAGGCAGAGAGGGAGGAGGAGAAGAAGGAGGAGGCUGCCAUUACCAGAAAAAAAAGUAACUUCCCCGAGUGUUUCCGGUCUGAGUUUUAAUGAUUGUCACAUUUUAAAGUUGAAAUUCCUCUGUGUCUUAUCUUUUCUUCUUGUCACCUUUCUUCUACAGGCACAAAGGUCAAAAAGUUUGCAGAUGUGGUUAAUUUGCAUAUCAGAGCUGACCUCCGCUGUCUGAAGGUUUUCAUUCGCGGACAGAAAGCCAGGAUCUCUGAAAUUAGUAUUGAAGGUAGAUGAGUUGUGUGCACUUCCUGUUUUGACGUAUUAACAUAUUUCCUGGCGGACUCGCUCGUGUUUUGUUGCUGCUUUAUCAGUCUAAAACAGUUGUGACGAUGAAUCAUCAGUUCCACUUAAAAAAGCCUCUUGCAUAAAGUUCUUUGUUAGCUGCAGUCUGAUGAUGCAACCUGUUUAAAAUCCUCCUCUGUGUGUGUACUAUCUCACUCUCUCGACAAUCCAGGUCUGGUUUCUGAGGUUUUGAUGAGGAAAAAGGAAAUGGAAGUUCUGGCCAACCUGAAAAACAUUGUGAUCCUCGACUGUGACAAAGAUGCAUUUUACAAGAAGGUCAAACACAAAGUUUCCUCUCCUGAGUCUUAACAUUUUUACCUCUCUUUAUUUUUAUUACUCGCCAUGCAUCCAUCCAUGGUUGGCUUUGUCAAAUUUCUCUCCACUUCCUUUAAUUGCCUGUGUCUCUUUGCAGGCCGUGUCGAUCGCAGAUAAGGAGGUGUUCGCCUUCCGCAUGGUAAACUACACAGAUGCUACAGAAGGAGACGCCUACCUGGACAUGUCUAAAGUUGACACAGCUGUCACUCUGACUGUGGGAUGUAUCCAAGUUAUCUUCCUCAACAAGUUUGUCUCCUCCAUACUGGUGAGAAUCAAACAUCCCUGUCCCAAGCAUCAUGACCCAGAUUAGGGCUGCAACUAUCAAAUAUGUUAGUAAUCGAGUUUUCUACCAAAUAUUUCAUUGAUUAACUAAGUAAUUGGAUAAAACGUUAUUUUUCUUAGUUAAACUUCCUGUUGGGAACUUGUAACUAGACUUGAAAAAAUCUCUCGUGUCUGCUGAUGUCUCCCUGUCACCUGCACUAGCAAAUGAGUCCAUCUGUGUGAAGAUAAGCUAUUUUGAAAUAGUGAAAAUGGGGAAAACGGGACCACGAACGAAACGAUUUAAGGCACUCAGACCAGCGACAACACACGCAUUUUUUCUCUUUAUUUUGCACUGAAAACACACAUAUUACUGUCACUCCACAAACGGUGACAACGUCUUGCAGCAGGAGACUCCUGCAGACACUGUGUCCUGCUACAGCUGCAGCCACAGAGUGAGAUGCUCUUCCACACCAGAGACAGACAGGCAGAGCCGCUCUGUGUCUCUAACCUCCUUGGACAUUUUUGACCUUUUUUUAAUUGUAUCUUUUUCUCUUUUGUUUUUUCUUUUCGCUUUUUUUGUUUUCCUCUUGUUUUCCCCUCACAUCAUUUAUUUUUCUUGGCUUACGCCUCCUUCUACUGGGGUGACGUAAGUGCGUUGUGUCACCUUGAAAAUAAUCUGUGCGAAACAGUGACGAUUUGAGUUUAUGAACGAGUACUUGAGGUACAGAAAAUUCCUUGAUCAUUUUUUGUAAUCGAGGGACUUGAGGUACUCAGUCCCAACCCCGAUAGUUUGGGGAUAGGGUCUUGAGACACUGCAGGUGGUCUCCCCAUAUUCAGUUAGGCUGAAAGGGAUCAUUCUUGUUGAUCCAAUAAAGUAUGUGAGGAUUUCCAUUUCUUCUGUAAGGCAACAUUAAAAGUGGAUAUCAUGGAACCAAAUGUGAUAUGACAUAAUUACUAACUCAACAAACACAGUUUUUCUUUAAGUUCAAAAGCAUGAAUGUCUUUUAUAGCCUUUGUUGUAUUUAUAUCUGUCUCUUCAGUACUCUAAACUCCCCAUCCUGUCUCUCUGCCAGGCAUUCAUCAAUAACUUUCAGGAGGCUAAAGAAGCCUUGGCUGAGGUGACAGUCCAGGCUGCAGAAAAGGCGGCAUCAGGCGUAAAGGAGCUGGCAGAGCGGAGCACUCGGAUCUCUCUGAAUGUCCACUUUAAUGCACCAGUCAUCUUCCUGCCCCAGUCCUCCUCGUCCUCCAAUGUCAUCGUCGCUGACCUGGGUCUUCUGUCAGUCAAGAACUGUUUUGAGAAACAGCCCUGUAAAAGCAACACCAAGAUCCCUCCUGUGGUGGAUAAAAUGGCCGUGAAACUGACAGACCUUAAGAUGUACAGGUUAGAGACCAGCCCUCUGGAGAACUAUGAAUAACAAGCAGCAAAAUGAUCAGAAUCAUAUUAAACCCGUCUGCUUUCUCUCUUUAUGUUUGUUGUUGCUGCUUUUAGAACCACAUAUAUAGAUGAAGGUUUUCAAGGAGAGACACAGGUGCUCAUGCCAGUCAGUCUGGACUUGGAAAUCCUGAGAAAUCUCUCAUCUAACUGGUACCACAGCAUACCUGAUAUAGAGAUCACCGCACAUCUCAAACCAAUGAAUGUAAGUUUAUUUAUAUGGCAGCAUGAGAAAGAUAGAACUACUGACAUUACUUGUGUUGCUUUAGUAUUUGGACAAUUGUGUCAUUAUUUUAAAUCCGAUAUGAGUGAUCUAAAAAAAAAUCUUAAUCUGAUCUCAGAAACUGUGCCAGAGCAUAGUUUUGAAAAUUUCCUGUGUUUGAAUUCCCAACAGCUGAUCCUCAGCCAGGAUGACAUGACGGUGGUCCUGAGGACUCUGAGUGAGAAUCUGUCCGAGAAGUCUGAUGCUCUUCCAGCGCCUCGUCCUGCUCCCCCCACUGACCCCUCCUCAGACUCUGUCUCCAACAAAGAGUCUCAGGGGUCUGGAACCACGGGACCAGCCAGCAGUAAGGAGCUUUGGUUGUUUUUGAUUGUGCUCAUGAGUGCACAUGUAUGUAAUAAAAUAAAAGUUAGACUUUUUUAAGCAUGCUUCUUUUCUGUGAUAAUCUCACUAUGUAGGUAACACAGUUGUAACAGCGGCUGUCGUGGAAGUUCAGAAAACCAGCAAGCUGAAGAGCACGCUCAAAGUGAACUUCAAGUUUGAUUCAAUGACCCUGGUUUUGUUCAGCCCCAAUGGGAAUGUGGUAAUGCACAGACACACAGUAUGUCAAAAGAUGUUACACACUUUCCACUAGCUAACACCUUCUAACAGCGUAAACUGCUUUGUUUAGAUGCAGCUGUUGGAUUCACACGACGAGCAGCUAAAGCUGGCAGAGUUCACUCUGGGCACAAUCUCCACCUCCGUCCACAUGUUCUCCGACGGCUCCAUGAAGGCCUCAGUGGGACUGGCUGCUUGCCUUCUCGAUGACAAGAGACCCAGGAUCAAGAUGGUCACGCCAAGGUACUGAAGGCACCCAAAGACAUAUAUGUUUAUCAGAGAUACUCAGCUCCUUCUGUGAUGUGCUCUCUCCAUCCCUGUCAUUGUUAUCCACUCUUCAUUAUUCACCUCCAUCCUCCCUCUAGGAUGAUGGCGAUGCGCCCCGGUGCAGAACAAAACAUGAUGGUGGAGGUGAAUUACCAUCAGGGUCGUGACGGCACUACUUUGGACACCGUGGUGCAGGAUGUGUACUUAUGUGCCAGCAUGGAGUUCCUGCUCACAGUGGCAGAUAUCUUCCUCAAGGCCACCCAGCAGGGAUUCACUCAAGUGCCACAGCCCAAGAGCAGCACUGGAGGAUCAGAUAAAAAGAAUAUCAACACCUCCAUCACAUCCAAAGAGUCCUGUAAGUUAACUUUUAUCUUUGUUAUCUGGAUAUGAAAGGUCAUAUUUGAUACUUUAGGGCAUAUUCAUCAUUGUGACAGUCUAAUCAGAGACAAGAACAGUUGAAUUAAUACAUUAUUUGUGUCUAACUGUAAUGUGGUCUGAAUUGAUGUGUCACUUUAAUAUUCUGUUCCUCUUUCAGCUGCCGCUUCCUCUGCGGUGUCGAAAACGGAGAUGAACGUCGUGGUGCGUAACCCAGAGAUUGUGUUCGUGGCUGACCUGACACGUGCCGAUGCCCCUGCUCUGGUGAUGAACACAGAGUGUGAGCUGGCGAUGAAAAGUGAUGCAGAGGGAUCGCAGAUGACCGCUAUUAUCAAAGACCUCACGGUUCGUUUGUUUCGUUUAUUUAAUGUCACACCAGAGAAGCGACUCCAAGUAUGAACCAACUCAAUGAGGCCUGUUUUGAUGUUAUGCAGGUAGUGGCGUGUCCCUUCUUGAUCGAGAAGCGUAAAAACAAUGUGACGACAGUGCUGCAGCCGUGCCAGGUGUUCUUUCAGAGUUCGCAAACUCCAACGUCCCCUCAAGCUAUGGAGGUCUCCAUCAAUUCUCUCACUCUAAAGGUAACCGUCUCGCUGUUAUUACCUUUUUUUUUUAAGAAGAGAGGGAAAAGCAAAGUAAUACAAAUGUAAAGAAGUUUCUUUUAAUUGCAUCAUGAAUGAUUUAUGUGUGGUAAAGGGAUAAACCUGUCUCUUGUUAUACGAGACUGCACUAUAAAACGAGUAUUGAUCAAGAAUGACUGCUAGUGUCAGAAUUGUUUGAUGAGAAGCACAGAGCUCUCCUGAAAAUUAUGACAGGCAUCAGGAAACACUCAGAUAAACUUAAGUCUUGGAUGAAAGCUUAUAAGUCAGUGUAGAGGUUCGUUUUUUAACCACAAGUUGGUCUAAAAAAGCUCUACAUACCUGUCUGCCCAGGUCUCUCCAAUCAUCAUCAACACAGUGAUCACCAUCCAGUCUGCGCUGACACCCACAGCGGAGACCCCCGAGGAGCUGGAAAGUCCAGUCCCUGUAGACCUGUGGGAGAAAAGAGGCUGGAAAGACCUAAAGUUCUGGUUCUUAGAAGAGGAGGGGGAUGAGGACACGGCUUCAGUGGCGCCUCUGAUACCACAAGGAGAGUCUCUGCAGGUGAGGAGCUGAGGAACAGUUAUGCUUUUAUCGCAUUUUUUGUUUGCAAGUUAGUGUUCGCAGUUUCCAUUGGACAAGACAGUUUAUGUAGUUUUGUUGUCUGUCUGUUUGUCUCUGCAGUUGAGCAUCAAGUCAAUUUGUCUGACUCUGGAGGCUGGAGUCGGACACCGUACUAUCCCCAUGCUUCUGGCCAAGUCCUCUUUCCACGGAGACGUCAAAAACUGGUCAACACUCAUCAACCUUCACAGCGAGCUAAACCUAGAGGUACCACACAUGACUUCUGCAUUUAUGUCCUAAAAACUCAUCCUAGUCAAAAGUUUAAGCCUUCACUGAGAAAGAGCCUUACAUAAGAUUGUUUGGUCAGUUCAAAUCUGAUGUUUACGAUGAUGUUUUGUUUUCAUACAUGGUUGUAAUCAGAUUUUUUUUAAUGUUUUGUUUCAUGUAUUUUGUGUGUUUCCUCCUCCAGGUUCACUAUUACAAUGAGAUGAUGGGAGUGUGGGAACCACUGCUGGAACCUUUAGAAGAUGAGACAAGAGAUGGUUUUAGACCUUGGAGACUAGAACUGAAGGUACAUACAAAUACUCGUCUAGUGUUUGCUCACAUAUAAAAACACAGUGGUUCGGCUUUGUCUAAUUAUUUACCUUUGAGCAGAUGAAGAAGAAGCCGGUGAAGUCUAUUGGACUGGCAGAUGAGGUCGAUUUCAAUGUUCCCGACUACAAGACGGUCAUCGUGGUCAGCAGUAAAGACCAGCUCAACAUCACCCUCUCUAAAUGUGGACUGUCCAUGCUGAGUAACCUGGGCACGGUACGAGGAAAGGCUGCAGUCAUUUAAAAAAACCUGCAGUCUUCUGUAUAUUGAUGGGUUUCUCCUUCCCCAGGCUUUCGCUGAGGCUGCCAAGCAGACGGCUGACUCCUUCCAGAAAGAUGAAGCUCCGUUUGUGGUGAAAAACCGUCUGGGCCUGCCGGUGUCUGUGCGCCACAGUGAGAUGUUUUCACCCAUCGGCAUGCAGAGCAUAAACGGCAGCGUGGAGCUCCAGGACGGGGAGACGCUUGGGAUGGAUUAUUCACCCACGACAGACUCGGACCAGUUCUCAGCAAUGAUCUCAUUGAGUGGGAGAGAUUACUUCAUACAGCCAAGUAAGUUAACAUGUACACACAAUUACACAUGCAAGUCAGAGUUUUUGCAUCCCUCUGUUGAAUAUCUAUUUCAAUCAAUCUUCAGCUCCAAUGGGCCACACCUCAGCCAGUGUGAUUCCCCUGAUCAAGGUGGGCAGGGGGAUGUACAGUGUGAUGCACAAAGACUCCGGAGUCACACGUUUCCUCGUCUGUCAGAUUUACUCUGUGGAGGGCAGCAAGCACAUCAAGAUCCGCUCUCCGUUCCAGGUACUUAGCAGAUUCUUUUACACGUUUUUAUGACGUUUUGAUCUGAAAAGAGGAUCUGAGAAGAAGAUACAGUGAUAAGCUGUUUCUGUCUUUAAAGUUUGCCUCUUUUUUUCUCCCGCAGAUCAUCAAUCAUUUCUCAAUCCCAUUCAAAGUGUUCGAAGGAUCUACAUGUCUGGGUAAAGCUCUCCCAACUGAGGAGUUCUGCGUUCCUCUGGACUCGUACAGGUGAAAGCUCACUCACAUCUUUCAGACUGUUUUUUUUUUAUUUAUUUAUUGGUGAUCGAUCAUUACACACACUCACAUAUACUCUCCGCCGCCUCCCUCAGGUCUGAGCUCAGCCUUCAACCGAUGACAGAGGACGAUACUGGCAGCGAGGACGAGCAGUUUGAGUGCUCAGAGGGCUUCAGUUACGAAGACGUCAGCAACCAGCAGCCCGAGACUCGUCUCCAGCAGACUUGCCGGCGCCGUGGAGAUCAGGGCGGUGUGAUGAUAGCCAACAUUGUGCCAGUAAAAGAUUCUGUGACAUUUAAACACACUGGAGGUGCCGGGGAGAACUUCGAUGUGCCCUUUGUGCUUCACCUUUGGCCUUCCAUCCUACUCCGCAACCUGCUGCCUUACCCCAUCUCAUACAAACUAAAGGUAGGAUGUUUCACAGCAUCUAGAAUAUGUUAGACUUUUCCGUAUAGUCUGGGUCCAUAUCCUAACAACACAGCUCUUAAAGGUACAGCUUCUUUUGUUAGACUUUUUGUUUAUAGAGAGAGAAAUAUCAAAGACUGAAUGCUGCGCUCCUUUGGUAGACAGGCGGUCUAGCUUAAAUCUGGGACUCCUCUUGUCGUGUAACAGCGUCCCUCUCUGUUUGCUCUUCACCAGGAUAGCGGCGUCUCUGCCCCGGAGGCCACUCUGGACCCUGGCCACUCUGCCCAGUUACAAACUGCGGUCAUCAACCAGUCAAGUCUCGAUCUCUGCCUAAGGGACUACCUGGCUCAGGACUGGUCUGCUCAGUACAGGUAUAAAUCUUUCACUUUGUUGUUUCUAUAAUUAAGGCGUAUUGUUCAAAAUGAACUGUUUUUAUGAUGAUUUGAAUCGUUAAUUUUGUUAAAGUUUGAAUGACAAAUGAUCUUCUCGUACAGUCUCCACAGUGACCAGGAAGAAAUCACCUUCAUAGUGUUCCAGUCUUUACGAGAGCAUGAUGAAGAUGAGGGUGAGGGAGAGGAGAGGAAGCGGGCAGAGUUGGAUAUAGCGGUGCACGUGAAAUACGACCAGGGACAAACAGUGAUCGCCAUCCACUCACCGUACUGGAUGGUGAACAAGACGGGCCGGCUGCUGCAGUACAAGGCUGAUGAUAUCCACAGGAAACACCCGCUGGAUUACGACAUGCCGCUGCUCUUCUCCUUCAAGCCUCGAUACUUCCUUAAAAACAAUAAGGUGAGAAUAUCAGUCACUUAAAUAAUACUGUUAAAGAGUCAGCUGAGUCAGCAGUACUCAGAAACAAGUUUGAGUGUGUUUUAAUGGGAAGCUCCUUUUGUCAUCCUCCAGGUCCGUCUCAUGAUCUCAGACAGUGAACUCUCGGAUGACUUCUCUCUGGAUACAGUGGGUAGUCAUGGAGAUGUGAAGUGUAAAGGCCGGUACAAAGAUUACCUGGUAAUGUACCGACUGUCUGAUUUACUAUUUACGUUUUACAUAAAUGACUUAAGUAUGUAAAAAAGACAGAUUUCAACAUCUGUGUAUUUUUGUGUUGUUUGUUUGUUUAACCGCAGGUUGGUGUGAAGAUCGACGCAAGCAGCUUCAGCCUGACUCGCAUCGUGAGCUUUGUGCCGUUUUACAUGCUGGUCAACAGAACAAAGCACACUGUCUACAUCUGUGAAGAGGGGCAGGACAACUGGACUGAAGCUCAACCGCAACAGGUCAGAGUCACACCAGUUCUGGUUUCUGUGGGUGUUUUCUUACAAUUAUGGACAGUCACUAUUAUGACAGAAAUAUAUGAAUAACACACAUUAAAUUUACCGGACUGUAUCCUAAUUUUGUUUAGUUAAUUCCUUAAAUAUUCCACAUUUCGCCUGUUUUCAACCAGUGCAUAGCUUUUCAAUACAGGGUCUGUUUUUAAUGUGAAACCAUCUUCUGUCUUUUUUAGAGGGUAGCUACUUUUAUACGGAAUAAUUUCGGAUGAAACUCUUUCGUUGAUGAUUUUGUGUAUUUUCAUCAUCAGUCAGCUGUUCCCUUCUGGCCGGAGAACGACACCAAGAAGCUGAAGAUCAAAGUAGAAGGUUGUUUGUUGCCUCCUCAAACUAUCGACUUCACACGACCAGAAAACUGCCUCCUGCUGCACCUGGACAGUUCUGUGAGUACACACAUGCAAAAAAGGUGUUAAGACUGUUCAGCACAUGUCUGGUCUUGAUAGAACUUGCCCACAGUGGCUUCUUGAUCUCAGAAACCUUAAGAGUGUUUUUUUAAGGGGAUUAAGACAGAUUUUCUUCCUCUGCAGGUGGGAGGGAUCAUCGUAGAUACAAACCUGUCAGAGCACUCAGCCACCAUCCGGUUUUCAGAGUACCAUGAUGGUGCGGCACCUUUUCUAAUUAUCAACCACACCAAAGACCAGACUUUGAUGUUCCAUCAGAGGUGAGAGGCUCAAAUUAGAAACUGUAAUAACUUGACAUUAAAUGAAUUGACUGUAAGAAAGAAAGUUGACAAUUUGCUAAUCUCGAACAACAUUUUAAAGCUACAAUUCACUGAUAUCAAUUUUCCUCAUGUGUUCAAUUAAUUCCUCUCAUUGCAGCAGCCUUAAACUCAUCAUUCAUGAAAACUUUGAGUGUUUGUUUUUCUCAAAGCCGUUUAUGUUUGUUUGUCAUGGGUCAUGCAGCGCCCCGGAAGAACCAACGUGGGUGCCUGACUCGAUACUCGACCUCUCCUUCUCGGGGGAUGGGGAAAGGUAGAAAAAUAUGAGGAGGAGGUUAAAAAAUAAAGAAAAGAAACUCUUGUGGCACACUCUGAACUCAGGAAAAGUAAAAAAAAACUCAGAGCAAGAAACGAGGAGAUCUGAACACACUGCAUUAAGUUGUUUAUUGCUGUUGUCCUUCCAAACAAAUAGAUGCAAAACUACACACACAAAGUAUAAGAAAUCAAGACUUUUUUACGGAUUACAGCAUGAAUUUAUUAUUUUUUUACAUGAAUGUAGAGCCGUAUUGCUACUUAAAUGUUCAACGUAAUCUCAGUAUGAAUAGAGCUUUCAGUAGCGUCAAGUAAAGGUAAGAAAUGAAGCUUGAAAAUACUUUCAGAGCUCAAUAAAGAUCAUUGAUUUAGGACAGAAGCAAACAAAUAAUGCAGUGUGGGAAUACGAUCUGAUGUAACAUUUGGAGGAUGAUUUCACAGCCACGUUGUUGUGACAGCACGCCUGAGUGCAGAGUGAUGUUCAGGUGAAGAGUUCAGGUAAAGAGAAACGGAGAAAAGACCGCUUCAACUCUGACUCUGGUUUGUUUGUGUAACCUGCUCCUCAUCUUUACCAACGACUGAUGAAGAUCAACAGACCUCUCUGGCUCUGGCUGGCUUUUCAAAAGAAUCACACCACACGUAUCUAUUAAUGAUCUCAAAUCUGUCUUUUUAUUGAUAUUCUGCUAAUUGGUCUAAAUACCAAAGGACCACUGAGGUAAAGUAAAGGAGCAGGUUAGACAUCUAAACUCAUUGACUCAUCUGUUAUAUGUUUCUUUGACCUCUUUUCAAGUCUGAAAGCAUCUUCACUUGAAGAAAACCUCGUUUUCGAACGCUGCUGACAGGCUGGGAUUCUGCCAGAGGAAUCACACCUUCUGCUUUUUUUCAGUAGCUGCUCUGUUGUGUUGACUGGUUUACUCUAAUUUUUCAUCUCCGUCCGGCUUAUUUCAUCUUCUGUAGAGAGAAUGUGCAUAUUUAAAACCUUGUAUUCCCAGGAAAGUGGGGUUCUUUCAGUGUUUGGCUGCCGUCCUGUCGUCGACUGUUUUAUAUAUAUGUAUAUAUAUGUUCUGUCAUAUUUCUGUCUGUUGAUGUGACUCCUGUAUGUUUUUUUGUCAGAAAGGGACUUUGGACUCUCUGGUUGUCAUGGCAGUAGACUUUUGGUGUCUGGGCUCUGUUAUAACGUCCUCUCUGUUAUAUUGUUCUCUAUACCGCCGUCUGUUCAUAUUUGCUGACUGUAAUCUUAAAUCAGUGGAAAAUAAGCCUGUCGCUGGUGUUUACAGUCUGUAUUUGUGUCUGUUCGGUAUGCAGCUCUCAGAAGGAGGCUGAGCAGGAGAAGCUGGAGGCGGGUAAAGCUGUUCAUUACACCUGGACCGAACCCACAGGGUCUCGGGAGCUGUGCUGGAGGUGUGGUGUUUACAGUGGGAAGCUGAAGAGCGAGGAGGUACUGUGACUGACACGCAGGAUAUUUAAUGGUUGAGGUGUUCGGCUGUUUUUAUACAUGUAUCGGGUAAUUUGGCACCAUUACAUCCUACCUUAUCAAAAAAAAGAAAGUGCUUUUCAACUUAUAUUUCCAAAAAAAACAUGCUAUCAGUAGAGGAGAAAUAUGUGCAGAUUUGUCAACUCACACUCACACCAAGUAGCCUAGCAUUUAUAAAAAAAAAACACUCUUUUUGUCACCUGUCCUUGGUAAUAAACAUGAGUGAAAAAAUGUUUUGAUUUCAGAUUAGUAGAGUGAUUUUUGUGCCAUAACUCUCAGGGUUUCUUUUAGCCUCCGUAGAAGUAAAAGUUAAAAAACCUGCAGACUAAAUGACAGAUGUGUCAGCUGUUUACAGUGAAUACUCUGUAGGCUGUAUUCUUACAUUUUUUUAUGCUCAUUAGUAGGGGUGGGAAAAAAAUUGAUUCACAAGUAUCGCGAUUUUUUGUUUUAUAAUUUUUAAAUCAAAUUUUAUAUUCAAAAAUCUUUUUUUUUUUUUCAAUCUUCAAAACUGACUUACAUGUGAUGUGUAUUUUUUGGGAAAUAUGGUUCCUGGAAUAGUCAGAAGACAAUCAUAAUUAUUCAGCUGUUUCACUGAUGUUAAAAUUGCAGACUAAAAAUCGAAGAAAUCGACAAUAUCGUAGAAUCGCAAGUCACAUUGAAUCAGCAUCCAAAAAAUCAAAUCAGGAGAAAAGCGUAUCGUCCUAGUCCUACUCAUUAGCAUGAGUAAUAUCUGAAAGAAGUUUAAGCUGCAUGUGUUUUCUGCUCUUGCAUCUUUAGGACAUGCGCCAGGACUUGAACAAUGAGGGAAAACUCUUCUUGAUCUCCUUUUAUGAAGGUACGCUGCAAAGAGCCUGAAAGUCAUUAAAUGAAACACUUUGAUUUCAGAGAAAAACAAACUGUUUCAUCAGCGUGUUGUGGGUUGAUCCAAAGGUCUGCAGCGUGUUGUGCUGUUCACCGAGGAGCAGCGCAUCUACAAGCUGCUCUGCGAAAGCGAGAAGGCCCAGCUGGCUGAGCAAGAAAUCAUCUUGUCGCUCCAGGAUGUGGGCAUCUCUCUGAUCAACAACAGCAGCAGCCAGGAGGUGUCCUUUAUUGGGAUCACAAGGUAGAGAGCUGACAGCACACAGAAAUGAUGCUUCUCCUGUUGUCUAAAAUAAACGCCUGCAUGCUUUUCAGUUUCGCACAGCCAAGAUGAAUAAACAGUUAUCUAAGCUGUCCAAGAAUCAUGCCACAGAAGUGCUUCUGUUAUUUCAUGCUGCUGUGAGACUCAUAUGUACAUGCGUGAAAUCUAGGCAUUCCUGUUUAAUCUUACAGCAAAGUACUCCAUCAUGUAUUUAACUCUCAUUUGUCUUGUCUUGGUACAGCUCUGAUGUGGUCUGGGAACUGAAACCCAAGAAGAAGAAUCGCUGGAAGACUCUGAGCACAAAAGAAGCUGAGAUGCUGGAGAACAAAUUUAAGGAGUAUGUUGAUUCUGGACCCGUGGACCAAUCCAUCGUCGAACUGGAAAACAACUACAAGGUCAGACACUUAACACUGUCAGCUCAGCUCCUUUCAGAAUUACAUUGUCAAAGUUCAUUAAGAGAUGAGCUGUGGGCCUGAGUUCUUUACUUCUGUGGUGUUUGUGGUUGUUCUCCAGGUGAUCUUUUCUCCCAACGGCGUGGAUAUGCAGAUGUUGGAGCCGUGCGAGGCUCCCCUCAGGAGGCAUUUCCUGCCAGGGGUGAAGGUGGAGUACAGCGUCUCACCUCGACAGAGUUCCUAUCGUGUCCAAAUCCACCGAAUCCAGGUAAAUGAAAAAACAAAAAAAAGUGCAUCUUUUCUUCAGAUGUAAAAGUAAAUCUUUACCUCCUCUGAAAUCUAGUUUAUACCUUUUUCUUAUCUAUAAUGAAAGUCAUAUAAAUGUCUUCUUAGAUCUCAUGUCCUUCCUUUCCUUAAAUCUUUUCACUCUUUCUUUAUAACUCAGAGUGUACAAUCCUUCCUCUCCACAGAUCCAGAAUCAGCUGCCAGGAGCGAUCUUCCCUUACGUCUUUUAUCCUGUAAAACUGCCAAAGUCUAUCGCCAUGGACUCAGGUCUGUUAUCCUGUUUGUACAGUAUGUUAUUUCUAAUCUACCUUCAUUCAUUCUCUUCAUGCAAAAUUAAAUUGAUUUCUAUUUGAUUUCUCCGACAGAGCCCAAACCUUUAACUGACAUCAGCAUCGUAACGAGGACCGCAGGGCACUCGGAUAUCUCUCGCAUCAAGUUAGUGUUUCUCUAUUUGACUCUUUCCUCACUUGUUGUUGACCAAUCGUUGCUGCUCUGAACAGCUGAUCUAAAUAUUUGUCUUCUUCAGGUACUUUAAGGUGCUGAUUCAGGAGAUGGAUCUGAAGCUGGAUCUUGGGUUCCUCUAUGCCAUCCUGGAUCUGUUCACUCCUGAAGAUGCCAGCAUCACUAGCUCAGAGCAGGAGGUCAGAUGGUCAUGUAAAAAGAUUGACGCAUAGAUGUGAUAUUUCUGAAUUUGAGACGCACUCUAACCCGGCACAUGUUUGCGUGUUUGUUAUUCCUCAAGGUGGAACUGUUUGAGAAGGACAUAGAGUACAUCAGGACGGAGUUAGACAACGUCUCCGCUGCAGACACUUCCCCCAUCAGCCUCUAUGAAUAUUUCCACAUUUCUCCCAUCAAGGUUUGUACAGUAUUCAGACUCUACUCUGUGUGUAGAUGAUGAAAACCAGGCUUAAAACGGCUUAACUCUGUCGUCUUCAUUUGUUUGCAGCUCCACCUCAGCUUCUCUCUGAGUACGGGAGGAGAAGAUGGCCUGAAGGAGAAGAGAGACAAAGAAAUCAUUCCGGUCCAGUCCCUAAACCUGCUGUUGAAGAGCAUCGGCGCCACACUCACCGAUGUGCAGGAUGUCGUGUUCAAGUACGCUCACGUGCACGCCCUCAGAUAGUCGACACUAACCGAACUCAGCAGCGCUCGUCUAACUCUUCUCUUGUUUCAGGCUGGCCUUCUUCGAGUUGACCUUCCAGUUUUGUACCACCCAGCAGCUCCAAUGGGAAGUCAUCAGACAUUAUUCCAAGCAGGUAACCCACACGCAAGAUAACUGUGAACUAAAGCGAGUAGAAGCUGUCAGGAAGUCAGAUUUAAAGUUUCUGCUCUUCGUCUCUGCGUUUUAGGCGAUCAAACAGAUGUAUGUUCUGGUUCUGGGUCUGGAUGUACUCGGGAAUCCUUUUGGACUGAUCAGAGGACUGUCAGAGGGAGUGGAAGCCUUUUUCUACGAGCCUUAUCAGGUAUGUGAUAAAACAGGAGAGCAAGGGCCUUAAACAUUUAUAAAAUUGAUAUAUUUUGAUAGAUUUGAGAGAUUUUCUAAAGCUGAUUAACCCUCAACAGAAUGUCCUCUUCUUCUUUAACUGUGAUCUGUGGUUUUCAGGGAGCCAUUCAGGGACCAGAAGAGUUUGUUGAGGGGAUGGCUUUGGGGGUGAAGGCUCUGGUUGGAGGUGCUGUCGGUAAGCAUCUCCUCAUAUCAAAAUUGAAUUGAGCCAAGACCUCUGCGGUACAUAAAUACAUGAAAAUGUUGGUUUUAGGUUAGAUGUUGGUCUUUUUCAGAAGGUCCUCCAGUCUUGUGUGAAUCAAAACCACUUAAAUGUUAAACACAAUAAUUUAACUUUAAAUUAAAUGUAUUAUAUGUACUGUUAUUGUUUUAUCUUACUAUAUAAUCAGCAUUUAAAAAAGGAAUAUCAAAAGUUUGUUCCCAUAAAUGAAACACAUUUUAAAGGCUGCUUUGACAGAAGUUGAUUUCUGCUCUCCAGGUGGAAUAGCAGGUGCUGCCUCCAGGAUCACAGGUGCUAUGGCAAAGGGUGUCGCCGCCAUAACGAUGGACGAGGAGUACCAGCAGAAAAGACGAGAAACCAUGAACAAGCAGCCCAGCGGCCUGAGAGAAGGACUGACCAGGGGUGGAAAGGGAUUAGUGUCUGUAUGUACCCAAACUUUAGUCACCGAUCACCAAGAAAAGGAACUUAAAAUGUUCACAGAUCAGACCUGGAUUCAAUCUCUUCUAGAUAACCUUUAAAUGAUUAAAUGAUAGUUUUAAGAAGGAUAAAUUUGACCCUAAGAGAAGUCUGCCACUGCUGAUUCUUCUAUAUUAACAAACUGCUGCUAUCAGUCAACUGACUUGUGUUUCCUUUUCAGGGUUUUGUCAGUGGGAUCACAGGGAUUGUCACCAAACCCAUCAAAGGUAUCUCAUUUACACUGAAGUGAUAACAUGUUCUACCUUUAGGAGGCUUGGUGUUGUUUAAGGUUGUUUAUUAUGGUUUGCAGGAGCUCAGAAGGAGGGAGCGGCCGGCUUCUUUAAGGGCGUAGGGAAAGGUUUGGUUGGUGCUGUCGCCAGACCGACAGGAGGCAUUAUCGACAUGGCCAGUAGUACUUUCCAAGGGAUCAAGAGGUAAGAUCGUGUUUGGUUAUUUGUUGGUUUGAGACUCUCCAUUUGCACUGCUUGAGUUUGUGUGUCACUCUGUGUGUAUUUUUUUGUGCAUUAUGCCACACCACUGUUUGUGUGUGGAUGCAGUCAUAUGUUUACUCUCGAGGUGUGUCUCAAAUUUCCUCGUCUGGCUUUUAGGGCGGCAGAGACGUCGCAAGAUGUUGAAUCUCUGCGUCCUCCUCGCUUCAUCCAUGAGGAUGGUGUCAUACGCCCAUAUAAGGAGAGGGAGGGCAUCGGCAGCCAGAUGCUCCAGGUAUGACCUAACUGUUUUUAACAUUAACUCAUUGAUACGUUUAUUUUACUGAGAUGGGAGGAAAACUCAAUUUGACAGCCAGAUUUUUUGUGAUUUAAUACUUUCCUUCCGUUUUUGUGAUUUAAGUCAUUUGUGUCGUUCUGUCAUUUUGUCCGUGUUUUCCACAGAUUUCCAUUUUUUAUUUCACUGUCCUUUCCAUCCUGUCAUAUUUAAACCUUAUUUGCUUUUAUCAGCAGUUGUUUCAGCCUGUCUAAAUCAGUCAUUGUUCUCAUAUUUCUAGAAUUAAGUGUUGCUUGAAAUGUCGGUGUUGAAGUUACAAGUUUUAAACCGCGGAUCCUUUUUUUUCUGCUGGAUUCAUUUUAGCUGUCGAGCUUGAUGGAGUGGGUUGAAGUUUGUGCUUUUGAGUUACAGGUCAGAGCUGCACUAUCUGGCUUAUAAAAUAGAUGCCAAGUCUAGGAUUUUCCUGACAGACAGGUGACAUGUUAAAGCGUUUUAGUCAGAUGGAGGACCUGAGGAGCAAUUCUCUGACUUCUUUUGGACUAAGAGAGAUUUCUAAUGAGAACUCUUUCAUGUCUUAUUACUGAAGCAGCUGCAUUCCCCUCAUUUUAUUCAGGUUAUUGCUUUAAUGUGUCACCAUCUGUAUCCCCAGUCUGAGCUCUAGACUAGGUUUGUGUAGAAGUUGUGUUAGACUUAGUAAAUGAGGAUGUAUACACUCGGAGCUACUCUCCUAGACAGCACCCCUUGUGUUAGUCAUUCAUGUGUCUGUUUUAGCUGACUAGAUUAACAUUUGUUUUCAUAUUUUAUUGACUUUAUACUUCAUAUAGAAAACUCAGGUGGACAGGCUCAGUCUUACUCUAUUGGCUUGCCUGUACAAAGUGUAGUAGAUGUAUGGAAGUAAAUCUGUGCCAUCUGAUUUUGAAUUUUAAUUUCGUUUUUUGAGUUUUGAAUUAAAUUUUUUUUUUUUUUUGCAUCAAAAUCAGACUUUGAAUUUCAAAACCAUUGAAUUUCAAGCAUGCAUUUUUAUUUGUGACAUUCAUUUUUUUCACAUUGAUGAAAUAAAUUCAGUGUAAAAAAAAAAAAAAAGGUCUCUCAAAAAUAUUUGUUAAGUAAAAAAUUGACUUAAACAAACUGUAAAAAAUUUUAGCAUAGAAAAAUUCAGUGUCAAAAAAUUCAGUGAAAAAGAGACAGACUCAAAAUCCUGGUAAUCAGGGAAAAGCAAUCGAUUCCUGUCUCAAUCAUCCAUCAUCCAGCCAAUUAAUUAAUUAAUGUUAGAUUGGUCACAGACCCCAGAGGAAGAUUGAAUCCAAUCAAUUGCUUCUCCCUGGUUACCCAGAUGUUGAGUCGUUCUAUUUUACACUGAAUUAUUUGACAUUUAAUUUUUUUUUAUGUUGUAAUUUUAUUUCACAGUUUUUUUGAGUCGAAUUUUCACUAAACAAAUAUUUUGAGAGACCAAUUUAUUUUUUACACAAAAUUAUUCCAUCAUUGUGAAAAAAACUAGUCUGAAAUAAAAACUCGUGCUUGAAAUUUGAUGGUUUUGAAAUUCAAAGUCUAAAUUCGAUACAAAAAAAAAUCAGCUUUGGAAAUUCAAAUUCAAAAUCAGAUGCACAGAUUUACUUCCAUAAUAGAUGCUAUAUUUAGAGAACUGUGUAUCAGUAAAUGUCAACAAACUCAAACGUCAGAUUGAUCUCAAACAGAAAGCCUCUGACUCUGACUCUUCUCUCAUGUCCACAGUGGAGGCUGGUGUACAGAUGUGACUCAGAUGAUGAGGGUGAUGAGGAGGACAGCUAAAAACUAGUAGACAGAUGUAGAGCAGUUUUUGUGCUUUGUAGUCUGUGCUCGACUGUUUCUGCCUGCCGUCUGCUUGUCAGAUAGUUUGUUCACUUUAAGGAAAUUAAAAAAAAAAACAAAGAAGGAAGUUUGAGAAAUAUAUUGUCGUGUGUUAGUACUUCAUAAACCUGACGUGUCUUUGUUGAUUGAUUUUAUCUCGUCAUCACCUUUUAACCCUCUCCUUUCAUCAUUUCAUGGUAACCUCUCAAAGGAAGCUUGUAGAUGACUUGUUUUUAGAUGAAUCCUCAUCAUUCUGAGUUUGUUUCUUUGUCAAUCUUUGUUUUUUCCGUUCUGUCUUUCACCUUAUCUCAUUCUCAAUAAAAUAUUCUCAUUUCAAACUCAUACCCGCAGCUGUCUGUGUUUCAUCAUUUCUCCCCUUUUCACCCCAAAACGUUCAGUUUCAUCACCGUUGAGUUUGACACUUUUUGCAGAGGAUUAUGGUUGCUUCAUGAUAGUUUUAAAAAAUAUGUAAAUUGCUUAUUCCAAGUGAACAUUUCAGUUUCUCUGAAUCGUGCAGUUUUUUUCACUUUUUUCUCUGUUUCCUCAGAAAAUUGAGAAUGGGCGUUUUGCCAAGUAUAGAUAUUUCGCUCACGCCAAAGUCAACGACUCUGACUUCCUCAUGAUCACAAAGAGGUGAGUGUAUGAUUCUGAACUUCUCCUUUUUUUGUUAGAUUGUGUUAUCAAUUAUUUUAAAACUCCUGAGAGAAGUUUUUUAAGGGGUAUGAAAGAGUGAUGUGUCUCUAUGAUGUACCAAAGCAUGUGAAACCACUAAUAACAAGCUUGGCUAUGACUUUAAUGUAAUUUAUUAACGCUUGUACCUUCUUUGAGGGGAAAGGUACUCUGUAGAAACAGUGUUAGUUACUCUACCUCCUGCAAAAUAAUCACAGUCAUAAAUUUGUACAGGAGUCUUUCUGUCAUCAACAAUAUGAGUUAUCACUUUAUCCACAGGGGGCGCCAAAGUCAACACAGACAGAAAGUUCCUCAGAGGGGCUUUAACUUUCUGGCCAGUUUGAUCUUGAGCAGCUUGAUUGCCUCAGACAUGUUUUUGGUGUUUUUCCGAACAUGUUUGAAUAACCUCAGUACCUGUCAAGAGAGUUACUUCUUUGAAGGACCCGGCGGAAUCCGAUUGGGGAUUUUAUGAAUAAUCUUGUCUAUUUUUCUUCUCCAGGGGAAUAUUUUUUGUGACUAAAGGCACAUUUGGUCAGCUGACCUGUGAGUGGCAGUAUCUGUUUGAAGAGUUCACCAAGGAGCCGAUGAUCGUGGAGAACCGCCGACUUCGGAUCGAGGCCAAGGUACCAAAAUCAACUUGUAAAGCCCAAAUUCAGCUACCUUUAUUCUAGGGCCAGACUGAUGCCGAUACCGAUUAUUAGGGGGAAACAAAAAUCCAAUUACUGAUUAAUCGGACGAUUUUUUAAAUUUUUUAUAAAGUUAUAAAAAAUAUAAAUAUACUGUUGGCUACUGCUCUUCACGCCAACAGGAAGACAGACUGAUCAAACUCGGACAAUAAAAGUAUUUUCAACUAAUUUUCGAAGUAAAACCGAAUCUUAUUCUCCGCAUUUUAUUUCUGAAAAUAUCGGCGAAAAUCAGCGAGUUUUGGCCGAUUACCGAUUAGUCUUAAAUGGGCUAAAAUUGGCAGAUAAAUCAGUCGGACCCUACUUUGUUCCCUUAGUAGAGCUUCAGAAAAAAAACAUGUCCUAUAUAAAGGUGACACUAAGCACUAUUUGUGUGUCCUGUAGGAGAGAGUCAAGUCUGUCUUCCAUGCCAAGGAAUUUGGGAAGAUCAUCAACUUCAAAACUCCUGAGAUUGCCAAGGUAAAAUGACGUUUGCACUUAUACAGUCUGUGUCAGUGUAAUACGAUCCCCUCUGACUCUGGAUCUUGUUCAUUUUCAGUGGGUUCUUGCCAAACUGGAGGAUGCGAGAGAGAGUUUACCGAAAUACUGACCAACAAAGGAUCGGAAAUAAAUGCUCAGAAAUUAAAAAAAAAAAAGAGAGAAAAGAAAAGAAAACUCACGCACAAAUCCUGUGAGCGUGUCAGUGCCUUUGUUCGAUACUGCAUGCUACUGUUGUUUACCUAAAAACACACAAACAAAGCUGUAUGUGGACUUCAAGUGUGUGUUCAAAGGAAAGGGAGUGAGUGAGUGAGUAGUGUGUAUGUGCAUGCCAAAAAAAAAAGUGAUUUCGGUUAAUUCAACACAGAGAACCAAACUUCAUAUCACUCUGUUUGCACACCUUCAACUUGUCAUUGAUUUUUAGAGUUUUAUUUUAUUAAAUUCGAUGCAAAGUCUCGACUUUGAAAACAUCCGGUCACUGAUCUGCUUGAACUGAGGAUGAGGAGUUCCUCUGCUUUUAGACUGCCAUAGUUCUGUUUGCCAUACAUACGCACUUAAACAUGAUGAAGAAGCAUCAGACUGUACAUUACACCGAGGCCAAAUGGAGCAUAAUUGCUGUAGCACAUUUAACACAGCUGUAUAUUUUACUGGACUAUAUAAAAGGGAGACUUAUUCAAAUAUUUGGGUACAGCUUUGUAACGCAUGUGAUUUCAAAUGUCUGUUUUCUUUUACUCUCUCUUAACUCUGUUUUUCUUCUUUUUUAUACAUUUCUGCAAGAUGACGACUGUUCAGUGUGUGAUUUAGAGACGCAUGCUAUUUUUAUACCAUACUUAUUAUCAGUCUGCUGUAUAUUGAUCUAAUAAAGUGUGCUAUCUGUAUAUAUCUAUCCUCACAAUAGUCUGUAUGAUGGCAUUACAGAUUAUAAUUUUGUGAUUUUUAUGUUUUUAUACCACAUUUAUGCAAUGCCAACUGUAUUGAAGAGUUAUGCAGAGAAAAGUAUAUUUAGAUGAGAAAAAUGCUAAUAAUUAUCAGCUGCUGUUUACAACGAAGAACAUUUUAAAGGUUUGCUUUGGUUUGGUCUGCAUCGCAGCUUAACACCACUAAAUGUCACUGUUGUCAUGUUUGUCAUUUCAGCUUUUAGGGAAAAAAAGAUGUUCCACUGCUGUGGAUUCAUGUUUUUUUUCUCCUGUUUUCAAAACAGUUUAAUAAAAUAUGUGUUUGAAAUUUAA